AUGUCAAUAGUGAAAAGGCAAUUUUCUAAUGGGAGAAUGAAAUCAGAUGCUGAUGUUUUUAAAUAGGCAAUUGAGGAAGUAGAGAGAAAAAGACCUGGAUCAGGACAACCUAUGUCGACUGUAAAGUCACCUUUGCCUCCAAGAAAGCCACUCUUUUCAGGAAGUCAAAAAUAAAGAUUGGUUAUCAAUGCCAAUAAUAAUGAGCAGUAAAUUCCUCAACAGAAGAUUAUUAAAUCAAAUUAGAAUAGUUAGCAUUCUUCCAAGGCAUCCCUCAGUAUUACAUAGAAUUAAUAAUAAUUGCUUCAGAUUAAAAGUCCUCAAAAAUAAGCAAAGCCUCCAAUUCGCAUUGACAAAAAGAUCAUUAUUGCAAGACAUGAAUAAAUUGGGAGUUCUGGGAGACCUGCCAUGACUGGAGAUGUUUAGUCAAGAAACAAUAGCAAAUAAAAAGUAUCAAGUGCAGGAACGAACACUAAAUAGUUUAAUUGGACUGAGGUAAUUGACGUACCUUAGCGAGAGUCUUCUUUAAAUAAAAGAAGGUUAGUAUCCAGAGAAAAAUUACAAGCUCUUCCACAAUAAUAUUAGACACAUUAAUAAUAAUCAAUCACUCAAUCCUAUAGAUCAGAAUAAAAUACAUAUCAUGAUUUUGAGCAUCAAUUAACAAAGUCGGUAGAAAAUAAACAACCUCUGUGUUAUACUGAUUUUAGUAUGACUUCUAAAAAGAAUGAUCUAUCAAAGGCUUUGGCUUCAAUCAAACUGGAAAUCAAAUAAGCCUCAUAAGAAGCCAAACAAAAUCAAGUGGAUUCAUACAUGAAUGCCAUUCCAGAGUAGGAGGAUGAUGGAUGUUCUUCAUUGGCAUAGAGUACUCUCUAUUAGUUUAAAUGA